AUGUCCGAAGAUACUGAAGACGUCAAACCAAAAUUGAGCCUGGUCAUUAACUAUGAGGGUACCCAAAUCACCGUAAAGGUGAAGCACAACAUGGCGUUCAAGAAGAUAUUUGAUGCAGCAGAGAAACGAUUUGGAAAAGAAUCAGGGACGUUCAAGUUUACUUACGAUGGCAAAAGAUUGCGGGCUGAAAACACACCUAUGGAUAUGGACAUGGAAGAGGGUGAUAUCAUUGACGCUCACUUAGAGCAGGUACGUUGCAUGCUUCUCUUCUUUUCUAGGUCCUAA